AUGUUAACACGACAAUUAUAUAGUCAUACGAAUAAUAACAAGCACAAAGAAGAAUUUUCAAUUCCAUUAUGGGAAUAUAAUAAUGAAAGAUAUACAUGGUCACAAAAACCACACUAUCAAAAUAAACAAACAAAUUAUUGGGAAAAUUUUCGCGUUCUUACAUAUAAUAUAUGGUUUUCGAAAAACUAUCAACCUAUGCGUUUUAACAGUCUUUGUGACAUAUUAAAUAAAUCUGAAGCACAAGUUAUUGGUUUACAAGAAAUGACAAAAAAUAUUCUUAAACAACUUUUAGUUCAAACAUUUGUUCAAGAACGAUAUUAUAUAUCCGAUAUUGAUGGUCGUACAUUCAAUAAUUCGUAUGGUGUUAUCUUAUUAAUUGACAAACGUCUUAAUAUUUCGAAUUUAAAUUUAAUUGAUUUUCCACAGUCAAUGAUGGAUCGUCGUUUAAUAUUUGCAGAAAUUAAAUUAGAUCAAAAUGAAAUACUCCGUAUUGGUACUGUUCAUUUAGAAUCUUUAGAUAAUAAACAACAACGAUUAUGUCAAUUAGAUAUUUGUCGAAAUGCAUUAAUUCAUUAUCCCGGUAGUUCUAUUUUAAUGGGAGAUUUUAAUUUUUCUGCAGAUAAUCAAGAAAAUAUUGAUCAAUUUAAUAGACUACCACAAUGGAUUGAUGUUUGGACUUUCUUAAUGGGUACUCAUAAUCAUGGUUUUACAUUUGAUACAGAAACAAAUUUAAUGAUAAAACCUCAUUAUACAAUACCAAAACAAGCAAGAUAUGAUCGAAUUAUUUUACAUAGUCAAACAUUGAUUCCUAUUCAAAUUCAAAUUGUAGGAAAUCAAGAACAAAAUCAAAUUUUUCCAUCAGAUCAUUUUGGUUUGACAGCAGUUUUUCAAAAGAAAAAAUAA